UCGCACCCCGCAGUGUUGUUUGGGACACACUGACGGGUGGACGCUGCGUGGCGCCCUCCGUUUCGUUGUGUUUUCUCUCGAAAAUUUGAGGACGAAAUUGGAAAUUUGGCCUCUAGGUCGCGCCGGACAUUCCUCCCGUCGCGGUGUCGAACAGUAUUGUGUUUUCGGAAGUGCGUGUAGUGAAAGUUCAGGGUGAUGUGAAACAUGGUCAAUGGAAAGAAUAAGUCUUGCUGUGUUGGACAGUUAGCCCACAACUGCAAAUUAAUUUCAACAGACUUAAAAGUUCAGUGACUGUGUCAGCAGACACAAGAAGAAUUCCAGGGGUUGUAGAAACAACUUUGGACAAACUGUGUGCCGCGGGAAGUAUGGCCUUUAUGAUGAAGAAGAAAAAGUACAAGUUUCAAGUUUCUGUGCUGCUGGAGGAGCUGACAGCCGUUCCCUUUGUCAGUGCAGUCCUCUUUGCCAAAGUUCGACUUUUGGAUGGGGGCAACUUCAGUGAGACAUCUAGCAGUCCGUCCCCCUCGCUGAAGCAGUUCUCCUCGCAGGAGGACACCGACAGGCACAGGGAGCACUCGAGCAGCUCCCUGCCCGGCUCUAUUGCGAGCGGCAGCUCCGGCUUCGGCAGCCUCCCCAAGAAGAGGCCCGCCCUGCUCAACUCUGAGCUCAUCCAGGGCGGCGCCGUGGAGCCCGUGGAGGGCACGCUGGCCGAGCCCGCGCAGGGCGAGGCGGAGGACGGGUACGAGGUCGAGCCGGGACACUCGCGGAACUCCUCCAACACGAGCCAGAUGAGCAGGGCCUCGGGCUACAGCUCGCUCAACAGUCAGAGCCAGCACUCCCGCCAGAGCAGCUCGGGGGACUCGGGACACAUAAGGCGAAGGGUGCGAACAUGCCCUGGUAAUCUCUGGUGCGCAAUCCUUAUGAAAUCAGCAUCAUUUGAGAUCCUCCAAAAUAGCAGGUCCCCAUCCUGGCCAAUGAGGGUGCCACGACUAUCUCCUGUUCACCCCUCCCCUAUUGCACAAUCCCCCUCUAGUCCAACACCCCCUUCCCCCGUAUCCCCUGCAGCAAUUCAUCGGAACUUUCUGUGGCUACUGCACAGUCCAUUAAAUAGAAGGGCUAAGCAGCGCCAAGGUGCACCUGAUUUGAAUGGUGAUGUCAGUUCGAUCCCUGAUUGCAGGAACGCACUGCCCCUGUCCCUGUUCCCCAUACCUGGCACUCCAGCCACUGUGACAAACCCAUCAGCACUCAAACCACCAGUCCGUUUUCCCCCAUGGCCCAGCCCAAAAAGUGCGCCUCGUGCUGCCUCUUCCCCUGGCAUGCUCAAUCUGCAAAGUCCCUGCGGGCCUGCCCCACUAUUCCCUGGUGGAUGUGUUGAGGUCAACGGGGGUUACAGGAACCCAAGUGGAGGAUCAGGAUUAAGUGAAACUGGAUCUUUGGAUCGAGCCAAAGCAGCCAUGGAAAGAAGAAAAAAGGCAGCAGAGGAGAGUGGUGGAGGUGGAAAUACGGUUGCCGGUCGAGUAGAAGUAACAAGAGUUAAUCCAGAUAGUCUUAUAGAUGAGUUACUCAGAUCAACAAAUCUGGAGCAUCAUGAUGAUUCUGCUGAGACAUCUGGCUUGCAGUUGUUCAUAGCAAAAGAUGGAACUACAGCCUUGGGCAGCCAAGAAGUGAAGAGUCAAAUGUCAGCAGGGGUAUUUAAACAAGUGGUUAUGGAGGAAGACAGAUAACAUAAAGAUGCAGGCGGGCACAGCCUGAAUAUUUGACUGUAAAGUGUCCGCACAUGUAGUGUCUUUUACAGCUUUUGAUCUAAUUAAUAUUUUGACAAGCUGCAAAGGAUAUUUGUGAGUCUAGGCAACUGCCUUGCAGCUAGACCGAUUACAAGCAGUUUUCUGCUCUAAAUGUGAUAUGACUGACUCACUCCAUCUAUUAAUGAUUUAAUGUAGCCUUUCAUGUCAUCUUUCAGUAUAAAUUUUGGACAAUUAAGGCAAAUCAUAGUGAUGGACUGAACUAAGAAUCAUAGAUAUUAGAUAGAUUUGACACAAUCAAUAUUUGUGGAUUAAGACUUGAUCUAAAAAUUAUUGUAUUGUGUUGACCUCAUUUUAGUGAAGACCACUCUUGGCAUAACUUUGAAGGGUUCAAGGUGCCAUGAUCAUUGCAAUUGUGAUUUUAGAAUUGGCUCAUUUAAAUUAUAAUUUAUCAACUUCAUUAUGUGUAUCAUCAACUUGAUUUCUACUUUUGUGUAUUCUCAUCGUAUCAACUCAUAAGCAAUAGUCUGAAGCUUCAUUGUAAAUAAGUCAGUAUUGCUAUUUUUUCUGUGUGUAAGUGCUGUGUGUGUUUAUUUUGUGUGCUUAUUCAAUCUGUGAUUAGAUUGAAAUCUGAGACGUUCCAUUUUUGAAAUUGAAAGUUUGGAAAAGUAAGUACUCAGUAAUAAGGCAAAUAAUUUAUUACGGAGAAAAAAAAAAUCAGGAAUAACUGCGGUGUUGUAGAUUUAAAAAUGCAUCAAGUUUGUUAGGGUGUGAUGUUUAGUCCUUUAUUUAUAUCAAAAACUUGCUUUUAUUUUGCAUUAAGCCCAAAUGAAUGAUACUGUUUUAAUUUAUGUCAGAGUACUGGUUUUCUUGCCUUUCUUGUAAUGAAGGUGUUUACUGGUGGGAGUAUUUAAUAGUAUUUAUUCUGUUUACUACUCAGUGAUUGAAAUCAAUGUUUUUAAGAGUAGGUACUUAAAUUAAUUUUUGCUACAACUCUUACAAAUUCUAUUUCGUUAUUGUUAGUAUCAGCUUUAUAACAACGUUUAAAGCAAUCAAUGACAGAGACAGCUCAUGGUAGAUGUAGACUAGACGAAUAUGUAAAUACAUUUGUGAUUCCCAAUGAAUAUGUCAUAUACUCUGUAAUGCUCAAACUGACUAACUAACUUAGUCAAUAAGUUCCAGUUCAAGUUUAAACAAAACACUGCCAUCUUUAGCUCAAGGGAUGUGAUUAGCAGAAAGUAUGGUAUUACCCUGCCUUUGAUAACACUGUUUGGACACAACAUUUUCACUGUUUUCCUUUUCUUUUUCGUUUUUUUGUUGUUUUUUUUUGUAUAUUUUUCAUAUAGAAGGCGAAUACUGAGCACAGGGUUUGGAAACUUGAGGGCUAAUUCUUGUAGAUGUAAUUUAGUUUGGAUGAAUGUUAUGAUUCCGCCUUGCUCAGAAAUAUUUAGAAUGGUUGUUUCUCUCAGACCAUUAUGUAAGUCAUUCUUUCUUUUCUAAAACUUUUGAUUUUUUCUUCAUACUGGUUUUUGAUGUCACAUGGCCUUAGUAGCUGUUAAAAAUAAAAUACCACUGUUGAAAGAAAAACUAUAAAAAAUAGUAAAAAAUUCAGGGGAGGCCCUCCAGACAGGGGACCCUCCAGGACCUACCCUGAAAGAAUACAAUGUUUUAAAAUUUUGAGUACUGGGUAACUUUCUGAGCUUGUUUGAGUGGGCUUUAUUCAGAUUACUGUUGUUCAUAUUUGCACUUGAUGUGCAGUUUUUUUUAUCUUAGGUGUCUCUGUCAUUGUUUGGACUAAAAGUGUUUCAAACGCUGAUAUCUUAAAAAAUGAUUGUCAUGCGUGUCUAUCCACCUGUGGCUGGCCCAUCGGUAAAUAUGUUUCUAUCUGAAUCUUAAUAUAUUAGAAUAUAUAUUUGACUUACAGAUUGCUAACUGAUAUGUAAUAUUGUACAUAGUAACUCAGACGUUGUGAAAUACCUGGCCACAAAAACUUAUACUGUUACUCAUAAGGAGGAAGGGUAAAAAAAUAUGGUAGGUGGUUGGAAGGAUACUCUCUGUCAAAACUCAUAACCAAGAAAUUGAGACAAAAGUACAACUUAUGUUUUGCAUAGAAUGAUAUGUGCACAAGAUUGUUCUGCAUUUACUUAUCUGUUUCUUAGAGACAAAAUUUUGUUUCAAGCUUUCAACUUUGCGCAAUUUUUUUAAAGAAUUUAUUUUUUUGCAGAAGGAGAAAACAAGUGAAUAGAAUAGGACUUAAUAUGUGUACUACUUUUAAAUGUCAAUGUCUAAAAACAUGAAUGUUUGGACAUUUUUAAAAAUUCCCAUCCCCUGCCUACUUCCCCCUUUAGGUCUCAGUAUUUUUAAUUGUUUUGGGUAGAUUUGAAGAAAAAAGAGAUGUGAUUAAAAAACAUGGUGGUUUUUGCUAGUACUUCUUAGGUUGCAUUUGUAUCCUGACAUAAUUCUGAUCUGAACCAUCUAGAUCUAGAUCUGAACCAUUAGAUGAACCAUCUCUUGUCAGAAAAUGUCAAUAAGAAAGAACACUUAUGGCUUCCUUGACCAGUCAUUCAGUGUUUUCCUCUAUUAAUUGUGGUUGCCUGUCUAAUGUUUCAAAUCUUCUAAUGUUAGGGGAUUAAUGCUAUCGUUUUGUGUGUAUUCUUCCUGUUGCUUUAAGUCUUUUCUUACCACAAUGCUCUUGCUUUGUACCUCUUGAUACUACUGCCCAGUGUUAGUUUAGAAAUUGUGCUUUGUCUCUGUUCAGGUGCCAAGCAUAACCGUAAAGUACAAAUCGGGGGGAAAAAUAAUCUAUUUUUGAAUCUACACAUAUUUUGCAGAUCCGUUACAGAUCCUUACUGUUUUAAAACAAGUAUGUCCUGACUCCCUGGCAGCCUUCUCUACUAAAUCGUUGUCUUAAUAUAAUAGUUAAGAUUUGCAUAUUAAGAAGUGGUAAAGCCUCGUUUUGACUCAGGGCUCUUCAUACCACUACGUACUAGAUUAUGAUUGUAUUAGGAGACCCUUGAGUUAUUACAAUAUUGCAACAUACUGCAAAAACAAAACACAAAAAAUUAAUAUUGUCAGAGAGUCAAAACAAGGCUUUACUGUUUCCUAGGAUAUCAACCUUUUCUAUUAUAAUAAAACAACAGUUUAGUUCAAUUCCGCUGUUGGAGAGUCAGGGCGUGCCCAAUUUGAAGCUUGAAACUUUAUUACCCAUAACUUGUGCUCAAGAUUUAAGUUACAUCAGUCGCUGCUUCCAUUUCCCCCUUAAAAUCUUCCACCCUGUAAAAGAGUGCUUCUAAUUUAUAUUUGCUUGUUAAUUCCUAUCAAAUGAAGCCACUUCUUUAUUUUGAUUCCUGUAUCUCUAAAAUUAUGGUGUAUAAGUUUCAGCUCUUUGGUUACUACUAUACCUUGUACUUCAAUCCCAAUUCAUAUUAAAAUGCAGUACUGUGUAGUGUAAACACUUGUAAACCAAGGGUUCUGUUCACCACUUGAUGGACCAAAGAUACAUUUGGGAUAUUUUUUUCUUGUGCAUGGAUCUAUUUGUGGUAAUAUCCAGAGCUGGUCUCUGGUUAACUGAUGUAUUUGUUUUCUACUUUUUGUUUGUUCAUGUUUAUCAUAUAUCUUCCCAUAAACUGGUCAGCUUUUGGUAGGUCUUCCAGUGAACAUCUCCUCUCUCCUUGCCCCUCUCCCCCAAAAAAUGGUUAUGGUAAAGCAUAUAAAACACUCAUUGAGAAAUCAAGGUACUGUGUAAUGUAUUAUUUCCAGUGCCUUGAGCCUGGACCGUGCAAGUCAUGCAAGAUAGUUAAAUUUGUCUGUUGUAUCAUGUUUCGGUUAUGAUGGCAUCAAAUAACUUUAAUGAUGUGUGUUCAAACAUGAUGGUCUUAAACCUCAAAUUUUCUAGACAAGUCAAUUUCGAACCUUCCUUUAAAUAACUGUUAUCCAAACAAAACAUCUCCAAGAAUUUUGCUGUUGGGAAAAUUCGUAACAUGUGAUUACUUACACCACCCUGUGUUGGCGUCAUAUAACUUCCACAAUGCACACAUAUUCCAGUUAAGGUAUUCUAUAAAGAGUUUGAUUACUUUUUUCUGUACCCUCGUUUUAUGGGAAUGGUGAUUUCAGCACAAAGUGUUCCUCCUCAAAGUGCUUCUAUGAUGAAAAUUCCAGUCUGUUUUGUGAUGUUAAGGCCUUCCUGGUGAGAGAUGCUCGCGCGAGUGCUGAUUUGAUUGAUUGGUCAUUCAUGUGAAGACAAAUAAAUAUAGGUUUCGUAUAUGAGACAGAA